GAGAUUCUGGGUCCAAUGGUUGCAGGUGUAUAUGAACCACAAGGAAUUGAUGUCCCAGAGCCUAUCCAAACUGUCUGUACCAAAUGGGGUACUGAUCCUUUCAGCUUAGGUUCUUACUCUAAUGUCGCAGUCGGGGCAUCAGGAGAUGACUAUGAUAUCUUAGCAGAGAAUGUAGGAGAUGGGAAAGUUUUCUUUGCAGGAGAGGCAACUACUAGGCGCUACCCUGUAACUAUGCAUGGAGCCUUUCUGAGUGGGCUAAGAGAAGCUGCCAAUAUGGCUCACUAUGCUACUGCCAGAGCCUUAAACAAAAAGUGGAAAAGAGUCCAUCAAAAAAUGCACACUCUUGUGCUUCCCUUCUUACAGAUUUAUUCAGAGAACCUGAUUUGGAAUUUGGGAGUUUUUUUGUAAUUUUUGGUAGCAACGCUGCAGAUUCGUAGUCUACAACAGUUUUAAGGGUGACAUUUAGUGGCCCAUGAAAGAAAAAGCAUGAAGGUCCAAAGACAGAUCAAUCGUACUCUAAUAAAUUACUUUUUCAGCAGCUUCAGUCCCAUUUUAAUCAGUGGCGGGAGUUUCAUGUUUACACUUUGUUAUCAAGACAACAGGUGCUUGAGCUGAGGAAAGUAAGAGGGGGUGAUGAGAUGAGGUUGAACUACCUUUCCGAAAAGCUUGGAGUGAAGCUAAUUGGGAGAAAAGGUCUAGGGCCUACUGCAGAUUCAGUUAUUGCUUCUAUUAAGGCCGAGAGGGCCAAUCACAAGUCUUCUUCGACAUCUUUGACUCGUAAAUCUGGGAUAUCCAAGCCAAAAUCAGCUACUUCAAAGCAAAAAUUGGUUAGGAAGGCUAAAGUAAUGCGCUUCAAUAAUGAGUCUACCCCUCAGAAAUUAGGUGGGGGAGCUCUGGUGGUGGGGAAUGGCAUUGGGUCUCUCUCUUCCCCAAAUCAAAACUUGGGCUCUAAAAUAGUUGGAAAUAGGUCUAGCUCUACCCCUUCUGUGAAUACACUUGUGGGUGGUUUACAUGGCUCACUUUCUCCUCCCAAUUUAAAUACGACAAAUGGUAAAAUGGCAGAACAAAUGUAGGAACAAUUGUAGAGAAAACGUUGCAACUAGUUACUUGAUUGAGCGCAAUUCUAGCUUUUUUGUGUCAGGUAAUUUGAAAUUUACUUGAAAUGCUCAGUUCAUAUUUGAUGCAUAUGAAAGUCAAAUGCAAAUUUACUUCUUCAUGUCGUGGUUUACUAGGGGGAUUUUAACCAAGUAAAUUGUGAUGUAAGAGUACCCAAGCUUAAGUUUACUUGGUCAUAUUUAUAGAGUAUCCUCUGUGUGCAUACAUGUGUAUUUGUGUACGAGUGUAUGUUUGUUUUAUUUUAUUUCAUCUUAUUUAAAUUUGUGGUAUAGAUUACAGUAACGGGGAUCUUCCAUUCUCUGAAACAUUUACGUGUGUUGAAAAACCUUAUACUUUUUUAGCAUAAAUUUUUCCAAUAGGAGUGGUCUUUAAAUAUUGAUUGUUACUUUCUGGUGGAAGUUGGCAGUUCCACCUCUUUUAGUUUUUCCAUUUUGGAAGACAUAUUCAUCCUUUAGGUGCUAUAAGAACAACCAAAACUAUUCCUUUUUAUUUAAUUUUCCAACAUACAAUCAGUACAAAUAAAACUACACCUUUUGAUUUGAAAUAUUUAAAAUGCUACUUAAAAAGGGGGUAGUUGUAAAACAGAGACUCACUCCAUUUAAUUUGUACACAGCUACUUAGAAUUGUGUCUUAUUCUAUCUGACAUGGAAAAUAAUGCCCAUAGUCCGGAAGUUAAAUUGGGUAAUAAGACAAAAGUUUAUAGAGGCCCUUAAAUUCAUAUCCUUUCCCUGGUUAUUGGUUUCUAAGUUAAUUAUGUUGCGACUGUUUGAAUAAAAAGUUAUCCCACACUAAUUUAUAUAUGCAAAUUUAUUUUAGAUUUUGUUUGUUUAUAUCUUUCAAGUUUCAAAGAUAGUGCUUGUGUGUUGCUCUUGUUCUGCCCAUGUCAUGUUCUGAUCUAUAUACAGGUUUGUGUUCAUUAUAAAUAUGUUUGUGGUU